AACUCCAGGGUUCCAUCUCCUGGUGUGUGGACAGCCAGAGCCCUGUGGGGAGGCCCGUUCACAGUCACCUGAGAGGCCUGACCUAGCCCCCACUAAACUCAGCAUAGCGUCACCGUGUGGCCACCGUGUCCCACCCCAGAAGUGGCCGCACAAAGUCCGCAGCAGUUCCACUUGGUUGAUCCUGGCCCUGCUGCUGGUCUUGCCUCAGUUUCCCCAUCUGGCCAGUAGAACUGAUGCUGCUGACUUGCCUCCCGUGGGGGAGGGGCAACACAUCAAUAUUGAUAAAGUGCUUUAAAUCGGUUUCACUCUACGUGGAGAGUCUAGGCAGGGCUCUUACUUUGGUGCAGCCUCCAGGGGCCAGACCCAUAGGCAGCUUCCCGCCCCCCUACCCCCAACGCUGACCCUCAUUCUGCUGUUAUGUGCCUCAGUUUCCCCAUCUGCAGAAUGGGGAUAAUGCUACCAGCAUGUGUUGGUAAAGGGCAUUGGAUGAAAAGAGCUCACAGUGUUGUGAUUAUUGACAGUUGUUAUUUAUUUUUGUAUCUUUGCAGGCCCAACGCUCACCGGACCCUGCCUGAGAGAUCGGGUGUGGUGUGUCGAGUGAAAUACUGCAACAGUCUCCCGGAUAUUCCCUUUGACCCCAAAUUCAUCACAUACCCCUUCGACCAGAACAGGUUUGUGCAGUACAAAGCCACCUCUCUGGAGAAGCAGCACAAACACGACCUCCUCACUGAGCCGGACUUGGGCGUGACCAUCGACCUCAUCAACCCCGAUACGUACCGCAUCGACCCCAAUGUUCUCCUGGAUCCGGCUGAUGAGAAGCUACUGGAGGAGGAAAUCCAGGCUCCUACCAGCUCAAAGAGAUCCCAGCAGCAUGCCAAAGUGGUACCGUGGAUGAGGAAGACGGAAUACAUCUCCACCGAAUUCAACCGCUAUGGCGUGUCCAACGAGAAGCCGGAGGUCAAGAUCGGCGUGUCUGUCAAGCAGCAGUUCACCGAGGAGGAGAUCUACAAGGACCGGGACAGCCAGAUCGCUGCCAUUGAGAAGACUUUCGAGGACGCCCAGAAAUCGAUCUCCCAGCAUUACAGCAAACCUCGCGUCACCCCCAUGGAGGUGAUGCCCGUGUUCCCGGACUUCAAGAUGUGGAUCAACCCCUGCGCCCAGGUCAUCUUCGACUCGGACCCAGCCCCCAAGGACACCAGUGGGGCCGCGGCCCUCGAGAUGAUGUCUCAGGCCAUGAUCAGGGGGAUGAUGGACGAAGAAGGGAACCAGUUUGUGGCCUAUUUCCUGCCCGUGGAGGACACGCUGCGGAAACGCAAGCGGGACCAGGAGGAGGAGAUGGACUACGCGCCCGAAGAUGUGUACGACUACAAGAUCGCCCGGGAGUACAACUGGAACGUGAAGAACAAAGCCAGCAAGGGCUACGAGGAGAAUUAUUUCUUCAUCUUCCGCGAGGGUGACGGGGUCUAUUACAACGAGCUGGAGACCCGGGUGCGGCUGAGCAAGCGCAGGGCCAAGGCGGGCGUGCAGUCGGGCACCAACGCCGUGCUGGUGGUGAAGCACCGGGACAUGAACGAGAAGGAGCUGGAGGCUCAGGAGGCUCGCAAGGCGCAGCUGGAGAAUCACGAGCCGGAGGAGGAAGAGGAGGAGGAGCUGGAGAUGGACAAGGAGGCCCAGGGCUCAGACGAGGAGCCGGAGAAGGGCAGCGAGAGCGAGCCGGAGGCCAGCGAGGAGGAGGAGGAGGAAGGGCGCUCAGGCAGCGAGAGCGAGCGGGAGGCCAGCGGGCGCAGCGCCAGCGAGGGCUCGCCGGAGGCCAGCGAGGAGGACGAGCGGGCGGCCCGCGACAAGGAGGAGAUCUUUGGCAGCGACGACGAGGACUCGGAGGGCGAGGGGGGCGGGGGGCGGCGCAGCCCCGGGGAGGAGGAGAGCGGCAGCGAGGAGGGGGGCCGGCGGCGCCAGGCCGGCCGCAGCCCCUUCCUCAGUGGCAGCGAGGGCUCCAACGCCGAGGAGGAGGACGAGGACGAGCGCAGUGGGAGCGGCAGCGAGGCCGCCUCGGACUCCAGCGAGGAGGGGAGCGAAAGCGACUGAGUGGGCUCUGCUGGGGGGGGGGGGGGGGGGACAGCCCUUUGCCCCCCCCGCCGCCUGGGCCGGAUCCACCCACCCCCUUGGGGGACCAUCGCUCCACCCUGCUGCCACCAGGAGGAUUUGGGCAUGAUGUGGGGGGCUCACUUGUGCAGGGAGGUGCUGGAAUCCUCCCCCAACUUGGGAGGAAGUGGCUCUGUCUGGCACCCCUGUGCUUGGUCAGGGACCUGCUGGGAGUGCCCCUCCCACCCCAGGGGAUCCCCUCUGGCGCCCCCCGCAGACACUGGGGUGUUUUUAUUUUUUCUUCUGUUUGUUUUGCCCCUUGUACAUACCAGCCUGUACCAGAACCCCCCUUCCGUCCUCAAUAAAAGGGUCUCUGCCUAAAA